CUGACAGCUGGACUACUAAUACCCAACUUGCUGUGCCGCUUCUUCAUCUUUCCUUGGUGCCAACCAUGCCUGCAUAUCAGGGCAGCAUUCCAUGAUCCCAUGGCUCUCAGGUCAACAAACCACAACACUAAGCCAGCAAUGAUACGGCGUCCACCAACAGUUGUUUGCUACAUUUGUGGUCGUGAAUAUGGAACAAAAUCUAUUAGCAUUCAUGAGCCACAAUGUCUGAAAAAAUGGCAUAAUGAAAACAACUUGUUGCCUAAAGAGUUAAGGAGACCAGUACCUAAAAAACCAGAAGUCAGGACCAUUACUGCCAAAGGCUUCUAUGAUCUUGAUGCUUUAAAUGAAGCUGCUUGGACAAGUGCCCAGAGCCAGUUGGUUCCCUGUAAUGUUUGUGGGCGUACCUUCCUGCCAGACAGACUGAUUGUUCACCAACGAUCUUGUAAGCCCAAAGCCGCCAAGUAAAGCCCUUUUCUCUCUA